AUGAACCAGGACGUUUCCAACGGACUUCUUCUUGGCCGCUAUAAAGUAGUACGAUUCCUUCAGAAGGGAUCGUAUGGCCAGGUGUACAAAUGCAUUGACACCACUAGCAAUUCCACUUGUUCGAUCAAAGCAGUGCCAGCCCAAUAUGCCGCGUGCGCCCACCACGAGAUCAAAAUGCUCUCACGCCUCACUGGCUGCGAAAACAUUUGUCAACUAGUGUCCCACCACACCACCGACACCGCCGUGUACUUGGUGCUUGAGUACUGUGCGGGAGGCGACCUUCACGAGCACUCUCGGCGCCAUCGGGUGUCGUCGACGGAUCUUUACACUAUCGCCACCCAGUUGUACGCUGCUAUUUCGCAUGCCCACCGCCGCGGCGUAUUCCACAGAGAUCUCAAGCCCGAAAACAUUCUUUUGCUGACACCAGGGUCUUUCCACAAACUCAAGCUAUGCGACUGGGGGCUCUCUACCACCCUGAGAAUCUGUAACCAGUUCAAUGUCGGCACCGAAAAAUACAUGGCACCGGAAGUGUUCAUCAACAACUAUACCCUGGAGUUAAAGUUGACAUGCUAUGAUGCCAAAUACGUCGACUAUUGGUCAUUUGGCAUGCUGUUGGUGACAGUUCUCUUUGGUAGGUCGCCGUUCACAGCCCCUGCCGGUCGCCUGUUGAUGAGUGACACCAACUACAAGCGGUUUGUGUUGCUUAACCAAAAACACAUUUUGUACGAGAUCUACCCCAAUUUGAAUGCAAGAGGCUACAGCUUAUUUGCACGGUUAUUUUGUCUCAGUGGAGGAGAUGACAACGCCAACGACUUUAUGUUGGAGAUCAAAAGACGAGACUUGGCCCUGUUUUUGGUGGAGUUUCGCCGCUGUUAUCGCCAAGGCUUGACUGUGGACGAGAGCGAGGGCCUUGAGUUGUACAGAUUCGUUCGCAGCGGUAAACUGGCUGGAACUAUCACCAGCAACAGGCCCUUGUUAGUGGAUGAGUUCAGCUUGAACUGGUUUGAGUAG